AGCGCACGGCGGCAGCGUCGACGUCGGCGGCGGAGGAGAGGGAUGAGGCUCAGCGGCUGCCGGGAGGUCGAACUUUGCGGCGAAGCGGUUUGUACAGCGAGGAGCGAUAUCAAGCGCACGUCUUCGACGAGCUAAUGCUGCGGGCGGUCGCGUAGUGAGGCUAAACUAUGGCUGUCCUCGAUGGGAGAGGCCUAGAGGCGAAACCUAGCGAACCCGGAAGAAUGAUCCAUCCGCUCGCCGCCUCCCUGGACCGCAAGCUACACGUCUCCGAGUGUGUAAAAUUCACUGGCGCGGCGGCGGCGUCACUGCGGUCUCCACUGUGAGAGCCUCUCCCAAAAACACACGAUCGUGGCGCGAGCCGCCUGCGUGCAAAAUGGUGUCAAAUGUGCCUAAUUGCCGAAUGAUGGCGCUCUGCGAUCGAUGCUACCGGUGCUGGCAAAUUGAGCCGUAACCACACCAGCAAGCUGCAGACCGGCCCUGCACGCCGCCGCAGCGAUCGAAACAGAUGCGCGUCGCCCUCCGCCGCGGCCGCUUGGAACACCAACGGGCCAGCGCUUUAAUCACGAGCGCCAACGACUCACUCGUCGGUAAUUUACAACCGGAGUACUGGCGCUUCGAGGGAGGAAUUAAUGUGGACGGCGCGCUGCGCGCGGAGGCGGGCCCUGAUUUGAUUGACGCGUGCCUCGCGCUGCCGAUCAAAGAUGAGACUGAAAAGCGCGACUUGGUGCGAUGGACCAGGGCCGUCAAGGUACACGAGUCGGCCGUCGUGCGCUGCCCGACGGGGAGUGCGGUAAAGACGACGGCCGGUUCGCUGGAGGCGGAUAACAUCAUUCACGCCGUGGCUCCUGAUGUUGAGCUGACGUUCGGCCGCUACCAAGGCCGAAAGGGCGCGCCCGAGGACCUGCUGCGCGCGGCCUACCGCUCCUCAUUUAAAGCUGCGGCCGACUUGGAGUGCGUCGCGUGUCCCGCGCUCGGUGCGGGUGUGAAGGGCUGGGAUCCAGCCGUGACGGCGGCCUUCGGUCUGGAGGCCGCCGCGUCGGCUGCUUUAGCUAAUGAGGCGCCGCGGAGUAUCGAGUUCGUCCUUGGAGACGACACGUUCGCCGCGUGGUCCCGCGUCUUCGAAACGUUGCUGGGGCCCGGCGCCGACGACGCGUGGACGAUAGAUCCAGAAGAACUAGUAGAAGACGACGUCGGCGAUUUGUUGCCGCUGCGCGACGUCGACGAGAUUUGUUUGCCGCGGACGCUCUGGGCGAACCCCGAAAAUGCCGGCACGCAGACCACCGGAGGGGCGUGGCGGUGGCAGCCGGGGGACCCGCGGGCGGUGUGAGUUAACCUAUCUGUUGUAUG